UCUAGAUUGGUUUCAGUGAUGGCUAUGAAGUUUGUCUUUCUCUUUUCUCUGGCGAUGGUGGCGCUCACACUAUCUCUGGAGAUGUCUGAGCAUGAAAUAUCUCAAUGGGAAUUAUUUAAGGUGCAAAACAAUAAGGAUUAUAUAUCUAAAGGAGAAGAGGAAAUGCGAAAGAGUAUUUUCUUAAAAAAUUUACGAUUUGUCCGGGAACACAAUGCUAAGUACAAGAGAGGAGAGGAAACAUACGAAGUAGAAAUCAACAUUUUCGCUGAUAUGUCUCCUGACGAAAUACUCUCAAGGAAGGGCUAUCGACGACCAGAGGGAGAGCUACGCGGUGGGGAGCCCUUCAAGGAAACGACAGGAGUCGAGUUGCCUAAUAAUGUGGACUGGAGGAAGAAGGGAGCAGUAACUGAAGUGAAAGAUCAAGGCUUCUGUGGGUCAGGCUGGGCUUUUAGUGCGACUGGCAGUCUAGAGGGUCAGAACUUUCUGAAGACCAAUACAUUGGUAUCGCUGAGUGAACAGAACCUGGUUGACUGCUCAACGGAAGAUGGAAAUCAGGGUUGUGAAGGCGGAUGUCCGGAGAAGGCCUUCACUUACGUCAGCAUUAACAAGGGCAUUGACACAGAAGCAUCGUAUCCUUUUGAAGGCGAGGACAAUGACUGUCGUUACAAUCCCAAGAACAACGGCGCUACAGGCGUAGGCUAUGUGAGCCUCCCGACGGGCAACGAGACGAGCCUCCAAAGUGCUGUAGCCAAGAUUGGUCCUGUCUCUGUCUGCAUCGACGCAAGUCUUAAAUCCUUCUAUCUAUACAAACGAGGAGUUUACCGCCCGAAGGGAUGCUCGACCGUGGAUCUAGACCAAUGUGUCUUGACUGUGGGAUACGGCAAUGUUAAGAAAGGAGGCGAUUACUGGCUACUCAAGAACUCCUGGGGAACGAGUUGGGGAAUGAAUGGCUACAUUAUGAUGGCCAGAAAUCUCAACAACAUGUGUGGAAUUGCUACUGAAGCGAGCUACCCAUUUGUGUGAUUUUUCUCUCCUUAUCACUGAAAAAUAUUAACUUAUGUUUGUAUUGAAAAACAUCACAAGAAUAAAUCAAAUACUAUUUAAGUAGAAAAUUAA